AUGAUUGUGAGCAUCGUCGUGCACGGGGACAUUCUCUGUCCGUGGUGUUUUCUACAGAAGAGAAGUCUCGAAGAAGCCAUGGAACGCUACCAAGCGCUUCACCCUGAGGUGGAGUUCGACGUCGUUUGGAAACCAUUCCUUCUCUAUCCUACACUUCGAAAAGGUGACAAACGAGCUCUCUACGAAAAGAUCAUGUCCCCAGAGAAACUUCGACUCUUUACCUCCCGCCUUCAAACAGCUGGUUCUCGUUACGGCAUCUCCUUCUCUGUCACUGGCACUACCGGAUCCUCACAGCCCGCCCACCGUCUUGUAGCCCUAGCGUUGCAAGCUCAUGGGACAAGUGCUCAAUCUGCGGUCCUCGAUGCUUUAUUCCAAGGCCACUUUGAGCAUGGAGAGGACAUCACAAACGAGUCGUGGUUGAUGUACGUUGGCAGGACAGAGGGGCAACUCGAUGACACUGAAAUGAGAGCGGCAUUGCUGGGACCAGAGGCUGGUAAGGCACUGGAGCAAGAGGUCAGGAGUGCCGCAGUCGGAGGUGUAGAAGCUGUGCCAUGUAUCACGGUACAAAACAGAUUUCGAGUUGGAGGAUACCAAGAUUCAGAUAUUUUUGAAGGAUUGUUUGAAAAGGUCCGGCGAGAAAAAAGGUGA